AAACCAAUUAAUAUUGGGAUUUUACAUUUUCAUCAACCAGCUUGUGCUCAAGCUACUCCAAACACUGCUUCGAACAGUUUAGAUUGAUUUGUAGCUGAAGCAGGUGCUUGGGAUCAAUUGGCAAUAAUGGCAGAUGGCCAAGAAAAUGAUAAGAAUAUUGAAAUAUGGAAAAUGAAAAAAUUAAUCAAAGCCCUACAAUCUGCCAGAGGAAACGGCACCAGCAUGAUCUCUCUUAUCAUACCCCCUGGUGAUCAGAUAUCUCGUAUUACCAAGAUGCUGGCAGAAGAAUAUGGUACUGCAUCAAAUAUUAAGAGCAGAGUAAACCGUCAGUCUGUGCUUGGUGCAAUAACGUCUGCUCAGCAGAGGCUUAAACUGUAUAACAAAGUUCCUCCUAAUGGUUUGCUGCUUUAUACUGGAACUAUAGUGACGGAUGAUGGAAAGGAAAAGAAGGUCACCUUUGAUCUUACACCUUUUAAACCCAUAAAUGCGUCUCUAUACUUAUGUGACAACAAAUUUCAUACAGAACCUCUUGGUGAAUUGUUGGAAUCUGAUGAGAAGUUUGGUUUCAUUGUCAUGGAUGGUAAUGGGACCCUUUUUGGGACCUUGAGUGGCAACACCCGAGAAGUUCUUCAUAAGUUCACUGUUGAUCUCCCAAAGAAGCAUGGAAGAGGAGGUCAAUCAGCUCUUCGGUUUGCUCGUCUUCGAAUGGAGAAACGUCAUAAUUAUGUGAGGAAGACAGCAGAGCUUGCUACUCAAUUCUUCAUUAACCCAGCCACUAGCCAGCCAAAUGUAUCUGGACUAAUACUUGCUGGAUCAGCUGAUUUCAAAACGGAGCUAAGCCAAUCUGAUAUGUUUGAUCCACGUCUACAAGCAAAGAUACUUAAUGUGGUUGAUGUGUCCUAUGGAGGAGAGAAUGGCUUCAAUCAGGCAAUCGAGCUGUCUGCUGAGAUACUGGCAAAUGUGAAGUUUAUACAAGAAAAGCGCUUGAUAGGGAAAUUCUUUGAGGAAAUCAGUCAAGAUACUGGCAAGUAUGUAUUUGGUGUGGAUGACACAAUAAAAGGUUUGGAGAUGGGAGCUGUUGAAACUCUAAUUGUGUGGGAAAAUCUUGAUAUAAACCGUUACGUCCUGAAAAACAGUGUAACUAAUGAGAUUGUCAUUAAGCACCUAAACAAGGAGCAAGAGGCUGAUAAUAGUAACUUCAAGGAUUCUGCCACAUCAGCUGAAUUGGAGGUUCAGGAUAAAAUGCCACUGUUGGAGUGGUUUGCCAAUGAAUACAAAACUUUUGGUUGUUCACUUGAGUUUGUCACUAACAGGUCUCAAGAGGGAUCACAGUUCUGCAGAGGAUUUGGUGGCAUUGGAGGAAUCCUUCGCUACCAGCUUGACAUGCGUUCCUUUGAUGAGCCAUCUGAUGAAGGAGAAUACUUUGAGGAUUCUGAUUAAGUCAAUGAUUUCUGUCUACUAAGACCAGACAAUGGAUGAGAGGUCUACAGUUGGUGGAAGUUUUGGGGUCAGCAUGGCAAUGAGGUACCUGCUGUCAUGCUAUAUAUAAAUCAAUGAGUAUUUUGCUGUUGUAAACUUCGCUUGUUUUCCCUUUAAAUGUGGAACAGAUUUCUUUCGAACACAUGUCGAUUGAAGGGGUCUUUUUGAUUAUUUUA